AUGUUCUCUUGUGAUAUAGUAAAUAUACCCAACAAAUAGCCCCGAUACAUUGGAUCUAGUGCAAGGUAUAUUAAAUUUAAUUAAAUUUCUGUAUUUAGUCAACCUGAUCAACCAAGUUCAGGUCGUAUCAAAAAACCAAAUAGCAAGUUUAAACUAUUAAGUGUAAUUAUAACUUGUAUAAUAACUUUAGUUACAUACUAUCAAAAAGGAUGAGAUCAAGAAUUUUUACCAUCAUUCUUCGAUAUAUAAUGUCAAAGAGUAUAAAGAUUUGAUCAAAUCACCUGUCUUUUUGUAUCAUUGAUUCUAAUUUAAGCUUAGCUUUGAAAGUAAUACUACUAAACUCACUGAUUUACAGACUAAAGUUCUAAUUACAGAUUUUUCAAGAAAAGUUGCAGCUUAUCUCUUAAAUAAAAAACUAUCCAAUAGCAAAAAUAUGAAGAAGUAUUAUUCUGAAUUGAAGGCAGCUUCUUCAUAGAAAGAAUUCGAAACUUAAUAAAUAAUUCUUCAUACCCAACCAUAAGAUAAUCAUUCUAAGGCAGAUAGUAAAUUCAUUACUAUAAUUUAUAAAUAGAAUAAGAAAUUGGAAUAGAAAUUAUGUUGAUGGAUAAUCAAAAGAUUAUUGCCAGGUAAGUUAUACCAAAUGAAAGAAUUCAAAAUAGACUCUUAAAAUACAUGGAAAAAUAUUUAAAUGAUGAUCAAAUAGAUUAUGAAACCAAGUAAUUAUAUUUAUUUUUAUUUCAAGAAUACAAUUUAUGACUCAAUAAUACUCUGAAAUUGUUAAAAAAAUUAAAACGAAAGUAUUCAAAAUUAAAGUUCCUGAAAAUUAUACAUAAUAAAUCAUUGAUGAAUAUGCACAAGUUAGUGAUAAAAAAAAAAGAGAAUAGUUUGAUCAACAAUUUGAUUAAUUAGCUGAUCAAAUUAUACAAACUGUUCAUUAAAGUUUUGAAACUCUUUCCUCUUAGAAAGCUUCUAAAACUGAUCUACAAAAUUUAGAUGAAGAUAUUUAAAACAAUACAAAUACUUAAGUAUUAACUGAACAAAUAUAGCAAUCAGCUGAAUAUUUAGAUGACGUAGAAGAACCAUUAGAUAAAAAUUAAAGAAAAUUUAAAAAGAUUAUUAAGUAUGAUAAAUCAAAUAAAACUUCGAUAAAAAAAUAAUCCAUAAGAUUAAUAAAAUAGUCAGAUAAUGAAUAAAUUUCGUCAUUUCUUGAUUAGAAGAGUUUCAAUCAAUAAUAAUAGGCUCAAGAUAUUUCUGAUCUUUCCUAUGAAUAGAAAAGAUCAACAAAUGCUUAAAAAAAUUAAAUAAAUAAAAAUAAUAUUGAAUCAUAAUUGAAUGAUUCUGAUAAUUUUAAUUUCUAAAGGUUUAGUUAUAGUCUAAUUGAUGAUAAAUAUAAAGGCAAAAACAAUUCUUCCUAUUAAUCUGAUUAGAUGGAAAAAAAAGAAUUAAUAGAUCUCGAAAAUUAAUAAAUUAAAAUUGAUUAAUAAAAAGAAAGUAAACCAAAUAGAAAAUUAUCUUAAUUUGAAAAUUCAUAAAAUUAAAAUAUGAUUUAAAACUAAUCAAAUAAUUAUUCUCAAAAAAAUAAUUCCUCAUUGAAUAUAAAUUAGAGUUUAGAUAGAAAUGAUAUCUAAAGAAUUUAGAAAUUGAAUAUAUAGAAUAAGGGAGAAAAAGAUGAAAUAAGUAAAAAAAUAGAGGACCAAAUAUAGCAAGCAUAAUCAGUAAUACAAAGACAGAAAUUUGGAGUAAUUGAAAAGUUAUUAUCAGCUCAAUCAAUAUUUGAUGUGGAUAUAAAUGUAUAUUAUAUAAAUUGAUUAUAAGUUAGCUGAUUUUCCAUUGAAUAGGUAAAUGUCAAAUAAUGGAUAAGAGGAUAAAUAAAUUUUUCAAUAAUUGUAAAUUUGUUAAAAUAUUUGAUUAGAUUUGCUUGGUAGAAAGAAAUAAAUUAGAUUAUACCUAUUCUAAAUUCAUUAAAUAGAAAAUCGUAAGAUAAUGAAAGUAUAUAUGAGACAAAAUCAAGAAGUAGUGAUGAUAAUAACUGA